CUCACCUUUUACACAUUGUACAUAUAUUCAUCAUGAGCUGGAAGGGUAUGACAAAAGCCAUUUCACGCUUCCCCCAUCAAAUAUCAUCUAGUUCAAAAAAGGAUGGAUCCUGUGUAUGAUGGUUUAGAAAAACAGUUUGUCAACAAGGUCAAAACAUUGGAACAACUAGCAACAGCAAUAACCACUUUUCGUGAUCAAACCAGUGCUUUACUUGACUAUCAACAAGUUCCUUCUUGGUUGGAAAUCGUUGAACCUACUUUGGAUAAUUCAAAUAAUACAAGUCGAGCUUAUCAAGACUUUGCUAUGGCUAUGGAAUAUUGUAGUCAAGAAGUUCGUCAGUCUUUAGAUCAACUUGAUUCCACCACUGUUCAACCAUUGACCACUUGCUUAUCCAUGACAAAAUCCAUUCAAAAAAGUAUCACCAAACGCCAACACAAACUUAUUGAUUACGACCGAUUUCGCCUUUCUUACCAAAAGCUCAGUAACAUGGCUGAUAAGAGUCCUAGCGAAGAGAAGAACGUAUUCAAACUGGAAUCUCAACUGGAUGCUGCAACCAAGGAUUAUUUUUAUAUGAAUGAUUUACUCAAAACGGAAUUAGAACAAUUUUUAGCUUUAGUACAACAACUUAUUCCUCUUUUGACUGAUACUAUCUACAAUACUCAAUGUCAAAUAUAUGGUGGUAUCUAUGCACGCAUCUAUGAAAUUGUUACUAGUCAUUCUGGUUUGGCCUUUACUACUAUGGAUCAAUCGAUUGAACAAGGUUUCCAAACUCGCUGGAAUCAACGUGAUGUGGAUCAAGAAUUGAGACAAUUGGAUGUUUUACAGAAAGGUGCUGUUUAUAGUCAAUCUUCAGGAACUUUGUCUUUGCAAGAACGUGCAGCACUUGCAACAACUUCAUCAUCAUUAUCAUCACAAUCACCAAUACCUAGUAAAGGUACAUCAUCAUUUAUUGGAUUACAACCACAACAAAAACCACCACUUUAUCAUCAACAGCAACACUCAUCAACAUCGUCAGUACCUACACAACAAUAUCAUCAUCAACAACAGUAUCAAUCUCAGUCACCAGUACCUACACAACAAAAGACACGUCGUCCUCCACCACCACCACCACCCAAACCAAAAACAUUCAGUAAACCAAUAGAAUAUGCUCAAGCUUUGUAUGAUUUCGAAGCGCAAGAACAAGGUGAUCUACCUUUACGACAGGGGGAUACUAUUGAAAUAAUCGAAAAGACGCCUGAUGCAGUUGAUUGGUGGAAAGGAAGAAUAGGACAGCAAGUAGGGAUAUUUCCAGGAAAUUACAUACAAUUAAUAUGAAAGAAAAAAAAAAAUAGUUAUCUAGUUAGUUUGUGUAGUUAUAUAUAUAUUGUUGUGGUUUAAUAAAUCGGGGUUAGACGCGGAUGACUAAAAUAGAGA